UGUAGGAUAUAAAGCGAUCUUAAUUCCCACUUUCACUGUCGCGUCGCAAUCUCGUCGACAGAAUCACAGGAUAGGGCGAAUCAAACACGUGCCUUGCAGGGUCCCUUCACACUAGUGAUAAUACAUUGGAGAACAGGUUCAAUUUCAUAGGUUCUUUUGGCUUUGUGGACCGUAAAAUGGCAGUCACCUCCUACAAAUCCCCCAUCUCUUUCUCUUCUAUAACUUACCAUCACAAGCUUGAUUCUCGAAAUCGCUCUUUCACCCUGCCGAUUCUUCACACAAAACAGCAAAGAAACUUGGCUCCAAGCACUCUGGUCACUGCUUUGCCAGUUACUGUUUCCAAGAGCUCAACCCCACCAACUACAUCUUUCAAUGAGUUGGUUGAAUCAUUGAUAAAUCGAGUGGACUUAUCAGAGUCUGAGGCUGAAGCUACUCUGGAUUUUUUACUGAAUGAUCCCAGUGAGGCAUUGAUAAGUGCUUUUCUUGUGCUGCUAAGAGCCAAAGGAGAGACAUAUGAAGAAGUUGUGGGAUUAGCAAGGGCAAUGCUCAAGCAUAGUGUGAAGGUAGAAGGGUUGGUUGAUGCGGUUGACAUUGUUGGAACAGGUGGUGAUGGAGCAAAUACGGUGAACAUAUCCACAGGGGCUUCAAUACUUGCUGCAGCUUGUGGUGCGAAAGUUGCAAAGCAAGGAAACAGGUCAAGUUCUUCUGCGUGUGGAAGUGCUGAUGUAUUAGAGGCGUUGGGAGUAGCUAUUGACUUGGAGCCAGAGGGGGUGACGAGGUGCGUGAAUGAAAGUGGAAUUGGAUUUAUGAUGGCUCCAAAAUAUCACCCAGCAAUGAAGAUUGUCAGCCCUGUUAGGAAAACACUAAAAGUGAAAACUGUGUUCAACAUAUUGGGCCCAAUGUUGAAUCCAGCAAGAGUGUCUUUUGCUGUUGUAGGUGUUUACAAGGAUGACUUGGUCCUCAAAAUGGCUAAAGCGCUCCGGCAAUUUGGCAUGAAAAGAGCAUUAGUUGUUCACUCAGAGGGCUUAGAUGAAAUGAGCCCCCUUGGACCAGGGUUAAUCCUUGAUGUUACUCCAGAGAAGAUUGAGAAGUUCUCAUUUGAUCCCCUGGAGUUUGGCAUUGCUCGCUGCACUCUAGAAAGCUUGCGAGGUGGAGGUCCAAAGUACAACGCAGAGGUACUAAAGCGCGUAUUUUCAGGGGAGAAAGGGCCCAUUGCUGAUGCCCUUGUAUUAAAUGCGGCAGCAGCUUUAUUGGUCAGUGGCAAUGUUAACACCUUGGGUGAAGGAGUAGCUUUGGCUCGUGAAACACAAGAAUCUGGAAAAGCUCUUGAGAAGCUUGAUUUGUGGAUAGAUAUUUCCAAUGCAAGUAAAACCUGUUUCUAAAGUUAAAAGCUUCAUACUAAUCAUUUUCCUUGGAAGAGAACUUGGAGAUUCAAGGUUCCUCCCAAGAUCGCUUUCUUUGGUUGGAUUGUGUCCCUUGGUAAAAUUCUCACCAUUGACAAUCUGACGAAACUUGAUCUUAUCAUUAUGGAUUGAUGUUAUUUAUGUAAGAAAAAUGGGGAAAUGGUGGAACAUUUAUUGCUACAUCGCGAGGUGGCCAGUUAUUAUGUUUUUUCUGUGGGAUUUUAUUCUCAGUCGAACUGGUUUGCCAUGGGUUAUGCCUGAAAGGCUAGUGUAUAAUUUUUAGUGUUAGAGAGGUCUUCGGGGUAACAUUCAUAUUGCUGCUAUAUGGAAAAUGAUUCCUCAUUGUA